ACAGCGCUAACACUCUAACCUUUUGACCAACUUCAAAUUUCGUAAAACCGUUGAGCAACCGGUUUUCAGUGCGUUUGAAACCGAGUGUCACAUCACCAGUAUUUCGUCAUAGCGCUAGGUCUAUUAAAACUUUGCCACUAGCAAGUGAGAUUCACGGUAGAUUCAGCAUGCCUUUGGGACUUUAUUUAAUAGCUGCCGCAUCUGAAAAUAUGGGAAUCGGAGUUAAUGGCGGGCUUCCUUGGCGGUUAAAAAAUGAGAUGGCCUACUUUACAAAACUCACGACGCAGACGAAAUCUCCAGACAAAAAGAAUGUUGUACUGAUGGGCAGAAAGACAUGGGAUUGUAUGCCAAAAAAAUACAGACCUCUCAGAGAUAGAAUCAAUGUUGUACUUACCAAUCAAUAUCUCGACCUGGGUGAUGAAGCAAUUGUCUGCAAAAGCUUACCCAGUGCUCUAGAGAAACUCUCCCAACCACCACUCAAGGAUCAAAUCGAGAGGAUCUGGGUCAUUGGUGGUAGUGGAGUAUAUAAAGCUGCAAUGGAGUCCCCGAGUUUUCACAGACUGUAUUUGACAAGAGUGAAGAAAUAUUUCGAGUGUGACACUUUUUUCCCACCAAUUAGCAACGAGUUUAAGUUAACAAGCGACCCUGAGGUGCCAGAGGGAAUUCAAGAAGAGGAUAGACUACAAUAUGAAUUCACUUUGUAUGAGAAAUGUUGACAAAUUCUAUCUAAUGUUAUUACAUCAUUCCUUUAUACGUUUCUUCAAAUGACA